GUAACCCGAGGCUGAACCUGGCCUCGUUUGUGACGACGUGGAUGGAGCCAGAGUGUGACAAACUCAUUAUGGACUCUAUCAACAAGAACUAUGUCGACAUGGACGAGUACCCUGUCACUACCGAGCUCCAGGACUCUGGCUACAUGAUGCACUUCGAUCAAUCCAUUGUGGACACAUUCUCGAAUAAAAUGAUAGCGACGAUGAAUGUGUUUGCUGCGGCCGUGAAACACAGGGUUCUUUCUCAAAGCUAUGGCUGAUUUAUUGUCAAUCAUAAUUGACACCACCUUGCUCUUGAUCCCUGUGAUCUCCUCCAAAAGGUCUUGAGGCCAAAUAGCUUGCUUAGCUGCAUCAGUCGCCGCCAUGAACUCGGCCUCGCAAGAAAAUAGCGCCAGUCUCUUGUUUAUGUGAACUCCAUGUGAUUGGACUGUUUGCAAAGUAGAAAACGUUCCCUGAUGUGCUCCUGCCAUCAUCCUCAUCAACAUUAUGAGAACUGUCGCUGUAUCCUUCCAUUUUUGCAUUACUUGAUCGACUGAAACUAAGACCAUAUGAUAAUGUUCCCUGCAAGUACCGCAACACAACCUUCGAAGCUGCUUCAUCAGAUACCUUCGGAGAUUGCAUGUAUCUACUGAGGACGCCUACCACAAAAGAGAGGUCAGGUCGAGUGUGCAACAAGUAUCUGAGACAACCUAUGUUCCUCCUAUAUUCCUUUUCAUCACACUUUCUUCUUCCUGCGCCUUAGAUAACUUCAAUACCAGGUCCAUUGGUAUAUGAACUGCAUUGCAAUCCUUUAACCAUGUUUGAGAUAAGAUUCUCAUAGCAUAUCUCUCUUGUUUCAGUGUGAUUCCUCCUUGAUGUUGAACCACUUCAAUCCCAAAAUAAUAAGUCGUCCACAUACACGGCUACUAGGAGAGCAUCAUCUUUCUCUGUCUUGCGAUACACGGCUGGCUCCUUUGAACAUUUAACAAAACCCAAGCUUCCAAGCACCUUAUUAAGUUUCUCAUUCCAAGCUCUCAUAUGUUGAUCAUGAAUUCGAUCCAUUGGACAUACCAAUCUUAACCGAUGUGUAAAUAUGAUAGCUCGACUAUUCAAUGCGCCUCUUGGAGACACUGAGACCGCCAUGGGAGUAGGAACGGUUGGAUCUUCUGAAGCUAUCAUGUUAGCCGGAUUAGCCUUCAAAAGGAACUGGCAGAACAAACGCAAAGCUGAGGGUAAAACCUAUGAUAAACCCAACAUUGUCACCGGAGCCAAUGUUCAAGUGUGCUGGGAGAAAUUCGCUAGGUACUUCGAGGUGGAGCUAAAAGAAAUCAAGCUUAGUGAAGGUUACUACGUGAUGGAUCCAGAGAAAGCAGUAGAAAUGGUAGACGAGAACACAAUAUGUGUUGCUGCCAUACUUGGGUCAACACUCACCGGUGAGUUCGAAGACGUCAAGCGCCUUAAUGACUUGCUGGUCAAGAAAAAUGAUGCGACUGGCUGGAACACUCCAAUCCACGUUGACGCGGCAAGUGGAGGCUUCAUAGCUCCGUUUAUUUACCCUGAAUUGGAAUGGGACUUUAGGCUUCCUUUGGUGAAGAGUAUCAAUGUGAGUGGUCAUAAAUAUGGGCUGGUCUAUGCUGGUAUUGGCUGGGUCGUGUGGAGGACACAACAUGAUUUACCCGAUGAGCUCAUCUUUCAUAUUAACUAUCUUGGUGCUGAUCAGCCAACUUUUACUCUCAAUUUCUCCAAGGGAUCGAGCCAAAUUAUUGCUCAGUACUAUCAGCUCAUACGUCUUGGCUUCGAGGGCUACAAGAAUGUGAUGGAGAACUGCAGAGAGAACAUGUUGGUUCUCAAAGAAGGAAUAGAGAAAACAGAGCGUUUCAACAUUGUCUCAAAGGACGUAGGAGUGCCACUCGUAGCUUUCUCUCUCAAGGGUCAGAGUUUCCACAGCGAGUUCGAGAUCUCUGAGAUGCUACGCCGUUUCGGCUGGAUUGUUCCCGCUUACACUAUGCCUGCGGAUGCGGAGCACAUCACGGUUCUGCGUGUUGUCAUUAGGGAAGAUUUCUCAAGAACACUUGCAGAAAGACUUGUGGCUGAUAUUUUGAAGGUGCUUCAUGAGCUUGAUACCUUACCUUCCAAAAUAUCAAGGAAGAUGGGAGCUGAGGAUUUUGGCAAUGUGAAAGGGAAGAAAGUGAAGAGGGAGAAGCUGAUGGAAGUUAUUGUUGGAUGGAGGAAGUUUGUGAAGGAUAGGAAGAAGAUGAACGGUGUGUGUUAAUGUGAAGUGUUGUGUUUGUGAAUGAAAAAGGACAUGGGGUUUGAUGAAAGAGUUGUGUCGUGUUUGAGGCAAUAAUAAAUCGUGAAUUAUAUUAA